AUGGUGUUGCAGUCAACAUCAAUUGCGGCUGCGAAGAUGAUGGAUCCCGACCAGAUUUUCACAAAGCAGCAAAGGAUUGGCCGCGGUUCAUUUGGCGAGGUUUUCAAGGGAAUCGAUCAGCGUACUGGCCAGGUCGUUGCCAUCAAAAUCAUAGACUUGGAACAGGCUGAAGAUGAAAUCGAAGACAUUCAACAAGAAAUCCAGGUUGACAUCUGGUCCCUUGGAAUUACCGCAAUAGAAUUGGCCAACGGCGAGCCGCCCUAUUCAGAUCUACAUCCAAUGAGGGUCCUUUUCUUGAUCCCGAAAAACAACCCACCCCAACUGACCGGCGCCACAUGGUCGAAGCAAUUUCGUGACUUCGUUGAGGCCUGCUUGAAUAAGGAUCCGGAUAACCGACCGGCCGCCAAAGAUCUGCUGAAGCACCCGUUCAUCCGAAAGGCGAAGAAAAACUCCAUUCUGACCGAGGUGAUCGAGCGUCUUGCCACACGACGUUCGCGCCUCGGUUCAUCCUCGGACAGUGAUAUGGAUAGUGGGGACGAGAACGGCGGCUCUGUGAAUAAAUGGGACUACCCGACGAUUAAAGGCGAUAAGCCGCCGAUCGAAGAGGCCACUGUUCGUCAACGUGAUGGCAACAAGCAACGAACACCGAUUCGUGCUGCUCAGCCUCAAGAAGACGACCCUAACGACACGAUAAAAAAGUCCUCCAACUACGCCAACAUUGCUGGGCAGAUACGCGGCUUGACCGUUUGUGACGACUAUCCGGAGUCUAGCAAAUCCGGCAAUGGACAACAAUACCCACCGUCCUCUCCUGGGCCCACGGGUGGCGUGACAACGAUUUCUGUCGGCAGCAGCCCACCACGGAGCAAUAAUAAUUUGCCGAGCAGCAGUAACGGGUCUGGCGGCCGUUCGAAUGGUUCGCAGACGCGCAGCAAUGGCGCCCCGCCAAAGAAAACUGGAGCAUUGGAAAAUGGGCUGCUGCCCGCGCUCGAGAAGUUGCAACGUACUCGCCACGCUCACCCAGAGCUGGAAGCGCUAGCGAAUGCUUUCCGCGAUGCCGAGAAACGAUCGCCGGGAAUCUGCGACAAGUUCAUCAUCGACCUGAUCAGCUCCAUCACCGCACCGCAAGCCAAGCCGCACAUGGUGGAGGCGGCCACGGAACGGCUCAUCUCAAGGCGCCAC